UGCAUGUAGGGGUCGCAUAUGGAGUCUAUUGCGAUGACUACUAGAGAGAAGUAGUCUGGGGCUGUAGUUCUUUAUCAAUCAUGUUGUUGGGAAAGAACCUUUAAGAAACCCAAAUCGUGAUUCCACUAUAACAACAUUUACUCAUGCUCAUCUGAACAGUUUUAUCCUGCUGUUGAAUUUUGCAUUGGCAGUGGGACCUGAUUUCACUUGCCGACCCGGCAGAGGUAUCGGUAUCGGCAUGUCGAGUUGAUAAAAAUUAUAAAACAAAUCUGCAGCCAAAGAUGUGCGAUUUUCAAACAUUCACUGUUGAUAGUGAUCAUACGAUGAACAUGGAACAACAAAAUGCACAGGGAGCAGAUCACGAGGAGCACCCGCUUCUUCUGCAAAACCACACAGAUUUUACAGAAGUCAAAAAUUUGGGUGGAGAUGGAGGGGAGCUGACUGUUCCCAAAUUUUAUGCUGGAAAGUGUGUUUUUGUUACUGGUGCAACAGGUUUCAUGGGGAAGGUUUUGAUAGAAAAAUUACUGCGAUGUUGUCCAGAUAUUGAACAGAUUUACUGCCUGGUCCGUCCCAAGAACAGUCAAGAUGUGCAGAAGCGACUAAAUGAGCUGUUAGACUGUAAGCUGUUUGACAGACUUCGAAGAGAGCGACCUGAUUUUGACAAACACAUUUCUCCAAUAUGUGGUGAUAUUUUACUGCCAGAAUUGGGCAUAUCUGAUGCUGACAAGCAUUUCUUAGAAGAUAAUGUACAUAUUGUUUUCCACAGUGCAGCCACUGUUAAAUUUGACGAGACCCUCAGAGUUGCCACACAGAUGAAUGUUGUUGCAGUCCAGAAGAUGAUUGCUCUUUGUAAAAAUUUUAAGCAUUUAGAGGCUUUGGUCCAUGUAUCAACUGCCUAUGCAAACUGUGACCGGCCACAUAUCGAAGAGACUAUCUACACACCACCUGUAGAACCACAGAAAAUCAUUGAUGUGCUUGAAUGGAUGGAUGAUGAAAUGGUAGAACUGUUUACAAAGAAACUUCUUCGUGAAAAACCCAACACCUAUACUUACACCAAACAACUAGCUGAGUGGGUACUGUUUACCCAAGGGACAGGUCUUCCCAUUGCCAUUGUGAGGCCAUCUAUUGUUGGUGCUACCUGGAAGGAACCUUUUCCUGGCUGGAUAGAUAAUUACAAUGGUCCCUCUGGAUUAUACAUAGCGACCGGAAAAGGCAUUCUUCGCUCUAUGAAAGGAGAGUCAAAUGCUGUGGCAGAUUUAGUACCAGUAGAUAUUCCCAUCAAUGUGAUGAUAACAGUAGCCUGGUAUACAGCUGUAGCCCGGCCUCGUCAGAUAAUGAUCUACCAUACCACUACUGGCAACCUCAACCCUUUCACUUGGGGACAGAUGGAAAAUGAAGUGGUAAGGACUUACAAACAGACACCACUCGAUGCUUGUUUCAGGCGGCCAAAAGUAGUGUUUACAAAUAACAGUUACCUUCAUGACUACUGGCUGUUUGUAAGUCACCUUGUUCCUGCAUAUGUCGCAGAUUUAGGCUACCGGCUGGUUGGGCAGAAGCCUAGGAUGGUUAGGAUAUAUCGCAAAUUGCAUCGAUCUUUGGACACAUUGUCCUUCUUCACUUGCAACUCCUGGUCAUGGGCUAACAAUAACACAGAAAUGCUGCGCCAUCAGUUAACACAGCAAGACCGCAAGAUAUUCUAUUUUGACCCUCGUCAUCUUCACUGGCCCACCUACAUAGAGGACUACUGCUUGGGGGCCAAAAAGUACCUCCUCAAUGAGGAUUUAGCUGGUCUGCCUGCUGCCCGUGCUCAGAUUAGAAAACUGCGCAACAUUCGCUACAUGUUCAAUACACUCAUUGCUGUGGUUCUGUGGCGCACACUGAUUGCUCGUUCACAGAUUGCCCGUAAUGUUUGGUAUCUCAUUGUAAGCCUGGUCUUCAAAUUUGUCCGCUACUUUCGCAUCACAAGCUCUAUGUAAGACCAGCAAUAGCUCAUUUUAUCAUCCCUACAGCUGCAUGUGAUGUGGACAAUCAAGAAGGAAGGGAAAACCUGAUUUGUUUUGUGACAUUCGCUAGAAAUGGAGAAAAGACCAGAUAAAUUUUCAUCAGAGUUAUUGUGAUCAGCAGCAACAAAAAAACUUACAGAGAAAAUUGAUUAACGUUGCCUGUGUUUUUAGGUACACCUAAGAGAUCACUUGUGGGGAAGGGGAAUUCCACAAAGAAUGGGAUAUAUAUAUAUCUUAAAUCUUGCUGUGAAACAUUCUGUGUGAGUUUUUGAAGUUUUGGAACAUUUAAUGUCAAUUGCCUUUAUGGUCAUGGGUUUAAAUCUUGAGUGAAUCAGUGUUUAUGGGCAUUUCCUGAGAAGUGUUUGAGAAGGGCUGUUAUUCUAAAGUUUUUACUUCUCUGGCAGUGCCGGAGUUACCUCCUUCUGAAAACUGUUUUGUUAAAGGCAUGUCACACCUUUCAGGUCACCGCACAGACCUUAAAAAAAAAUAAAUGUCAACAGCUUAGUAAUUCAUAUUCUUAGUUUUAGUUGUUUUUCUUUAAUUAAAUGAACACUUUUUGUCUGACUGCUACAUUUCCUAGUGUCAGAAAUAAAUGUAUGGUUUUGGUGCAUGUCAGUACCAUAUCUUGUCACUUCUCAGGUGUUUUGUUGUGAGAUUUAACUAUGACUUCUUUUUGUUUUUAAAGUAAAUGUUUGAUGAGGUUAAGAAGAAUAGCAAGAAUAGCCUAGGAACUAAAACAUUUAUUUUUCAGUGCCAGUAGUUCUACUCAUUAGUCUGAAUUUCCAAGACUCAAGUGUGUUGUGAUAGUUCUGAUGAAAAUUGUGUUUGUUGUUAAUGGGAACAAGGUCUUUCCAAAAAUAAAAAAGACCAAAUGAAUUGUAGUUGCUAUUCAGAUUGAAGAUUUUUUUAACAGCAUUUAAGUAGUGCAAUAUUGUGAUACAGUCUUUUAGAUAAAAAAAACUAAAAAUUCCCAUAGCUGUUAGACAACAGACUUGAAACUGGUGAAUAUCUGAGACUAGUGGUCAUGUUAGGUAGAUGUUCAAUCAGCAAGAACAGAUUGUGAUUAUUUUGUAUUUCACUUAAGCCCAUUGGAACAAAGCUUCUAAAUUCCAGACACAUUUAUUACUUUUUGAUUUGUGUAUCUCAGUUGUAAAUAUUCUUUAUUCGAGUGUCAUACUAAUGUUAAUGACAAUGAUCAUUGUCAUUAAUAACAUUCAUUUGAAGUAUGCUGGUAUCUUAAGGAAGUCCUAUGAUCAUUUUAAUCACAAAGAAAUGCAAAACAGGGAAAAUUAAGUGACAGUCUGAAAAGUUCACAUACAUAGCAACAAGGGAGGGAGGAAAAAAGGCAGAAAUAGACUAAGCUGCUUUUUCUUUACAAAAAGAAUUAUGCUAGAAAUAUGUUUUCAGCACAAGUGCCUGAUACAGUGACAAAUAACUAAAAGAUCUGAGGCAACAAAUUCCAGGUUUUAUAUCCCCUGCAUGUCUCCUUCCCCCGUCUCCCCAAAGGAAAAAAACCCCAAAAACCAAAACUUAAGGGGUUGGGGAAAAUUUUCAAGUUUCAUGGAUAUAUGACCUGCAGAAAUAGAACAAAGUGAUUUAUUGAAUGAAUUUGGUAAUGUUACUUUCAAAACCACUCCAGACUGCACAGCCAAGCACCCAGACAAAUCAAUUGCAAAGUGAAUGACAUAUUAGGUAACAAAGAUUUGACAUGUGAUGUUGGCCUAAGAAGAAGACCUAAGUGUUAAAAUUAUAGACAAAAAUACCCUCAACCACAAAAUGAGAAAACACAGUAUUGAUUUGCACCACUUUUUUGUUUAUGCUGAUUCAUCAUUCACUUUGAGGUACAAACUUGGGGGCCUCUUUUUUUUUAAAAAAAAAAAGACAUCAGUAUGACUGGCUAAGCUAUUGAAUACAUCGAUGUCUACUCACAAUGAUAUGUGCACUAUUACAAUGCUCAGUCUCAAGUCAUGUCUGGCUUCAAGUGUUUGCAGUAUCAUUAGAAGAUUUUUUUUUAAGGUAUCCAAAUGGCAAAACAUUUUAAAUACUAUGUAAAUGUUCGUCAAUUGUAUGCAUGGUUGGAAAAUAAGACCGCUUAAACACAUAAAAGAAGGGCAUGCACUGGUUUCCAAAUUAAAGUAUUUAUCUGAUUGCUUUGCAUUCUUUAUCAUUUAAUAUUUUGUAAGUUAUCGUAACUAUUUGUAUAAAUGUUAUCUUUAUAUUAUAAUAGUGAAUUAUGUCCCUGUCUUCUCCAGUCAGGCUGCCUGGCUGUGCCUUUUUUUUUUUUUUUAAAGCACUGACUUCUGCAAAGCAUUCACACACUGUGUUUGACUUUUUGUUAUGGUGACCAAUGAAAAUGCAUUUCUUCAAAUUGUGUGUGCGUGUGAACCUGUUACCUCAAUCUAUGAUUAUGGGGUUUUGGUUAGAGUUAAGGCUUUUAUUUUGGAGAGAAUAACUUAGAAGACAAAACAAUCAAGAUCAAGGUUUGUGAAACUGGCAGCUGCAUUGUGCUAUUGUUUACAAAUAAAUAGAACAGGUCAGUCACCAAAUACUACAAAAACCAGAAAAUCAUUGCGUGGCCAUUUUCUCUACAUGGAAUGUGUUAUGCUGGUAGAAGUAUCAUGUCACUUUAAGUGCAAGGUGAAACUAAUAAAAUAAGGUUAUAGAUCAAUGAGGUUUUUCCUGAGAAUUUAACAUUGGGAAAAAGGUUUGAAAAUGUAUCACAUAUUAUCACUAAGAAAAUGACAUUUAAGUACCAUUACCCACAGUACUAAUAAUAAGCAACCUUUAAUCUUUCUAAUGAGCGCUCCUGUUGCUUGAAUAAGUUAAAAAUUUCUAGGCUGCUUUGUAGGUUAUGACAGAUGGCGAACAAACUUGAGGGCAUGCCAAACAAGUGCUGAUUAGGAAUUUUUACUGUAGUGCUGUGUACAUAUAACUUGUAUAGUCAUAGCCAAUGGGACUCACUUUGAUGCAGUAUCGCAUUGAAAAAAUAUUUUAAUCUGUUUAUUCUUUGAUAAUCACUUGCUGGUGCAUUUGAACACACAUUUGUGCAAAAGACAAAAUUAUACAUCUUCAAAUCUUUUGACUAUAUGUUAGUUUCACAGUGUGAUGUACAUGUAUCCAGAUCUAAUAAUUUUGCAGUAAGUAAAAAUAGAGUAGAUGUGCACUUUUCUUCAUAAAGAUAUUAGAUGACAACUGUCCUUUUAUACAUUUCCUCCUGAAUUUUGUUUAAAUCUCUGUGAUGGGUUUUGCUAAGUCUUUAGAGGAAUCAGAAAAUUAUCAGGUUGCAUGAGUUAUUUAUCUGGGAAUAAAACUUCCAAAUAUGUGUUAAAGAGCAACUGAUUUGUUGAGUACUAUGUAUGUUCAUGCAAGUAUCUAUUACCACUCAAAAAAAAAAAAUGUUGAAUUAAAAAUUUAUUUUCAAAUG